AUGGCUCUCAUGCAGUUUACUACUUUUCCUGUUACCUCAUUGCUCCGUUUCAUAGUAAUAUUUGGUUUAUGGUGCAGAACAAAGGGUGCUGUGAAGCUGCCACCAAACGUGUCAGUUCCAGCAGUAUUAGCCUUUGGAGAUUCCAUCGUGGACUCAGGCAACAACAACAACAUAAAAACACUGGUCAAGUGUGACUUUCCACCUUAUGGGAAAGACUUUCAGGGAGGAAAACCAACGGGUCGAUUUUGCAAUGGAAAAAUUCCUUCAGACAUUAUUG